AUGCCGUCGUGCUCCGCCCCGCAGGCUGCGCGCGAACGGGAUGCGCACCUGGAGGCCGAGCAGAGCAAGGUCGUCAGGCUGGAGGUGGAGGUCGCGGAGCUCAGGGCCUCCCUGUCCCGCAUGGCCGAGCUUGAGCGGGAGCUGGACUCCUACAGGCUGCAGGCGACGGCUGCGGAGCCGCGCAAGGCCUCAGGGCUGUGGGGUUUCAUCAGCGGGGCGGACGCCAACGCCUCGCCCCCACGAGACUGA